CCCGUGACGUAGCUCGGCUUCCAGGGAUCUCUCCCCGAGGCCCCGGGUCCCCUCCUCCCCGCCCUCCUCUGCUCUCCUCCCGUGCCUCGCCUCCGCGCCGCGGCCGGCAUUUCUGGCUUGCAGCUUGUUGGCUCCUCAGACCCGGCUUCCCUCUCCUUCCUCACUCAGCUCCUGGUUCCCUCCCGACCCUCUUUCUCUCCCCCUUUCUUGCCCUUUCUGUCUUCUCUCUUGCCUCUGCCUCUCCGACCCCGAUCUAGUCUUCUCUCCUGUUCCUUCCUCUUUCUGUCUCUUCGGUCUCUUUUUGUCCAUUCCCUGCUUCCCUCCCUCUCCCUUUCGGUCUGUUUUUCUUCCAGUCUCCCUCUCGGUGGCUCUUUCCCCCUCCUUCCCUCCGGGUGCCCACCCCCCCUCUCGUGUGCUCCCUCCUCCCUCACUUCCACCUCCCCCUCCCCCCCGCCCCUCGCCACCCCGCCGCUCGCAGCUCCCCAGUCUGCCUCCCGGACCUGCGCCGCCGCCCGCACUCGCCGCAGGACCAGCCCGCCGGCUCCCCGGAGUGCACCCGUCUCGGCCCUCGCCCUCGGGGCUCGCUGGGACACCCUUCCUCCUCCCGGCUCGCGGCCCCGCCCGGCCGGCCCCAGCCCAGCGCCGAGCCCGCCGAGGAUGUGAAUCCUGCUCGCCUCUGCCGGAGCAGCCGCCACUCGCGCGCGGAGCCGGAGCGCAGCGCAGCGCAGCGGCGGGCGCUCGCCGGGUCGCUCAGGCGGGCUGCGCGCUCCUGCCCUAGCGGUGCCCCCUUGCCUCCCGCCGGCGCCACUGCCGCCGCCACAGCCCGAGGGCCGUUCCCGGCCGGCCGCCCCCGGCCCCAGCGCCGCUGACCCUGUCCGCCGCGGGCGGGGACGCGGGCGGAGGAGGCGCCGCCGCAGAGCCCCCGGACGCAACCAUGUCGGAGGUGCUGCCCUACGGCGACGAGAAGCUGAGCCCCUACGGCGACGGCGGCGAUGUGGGCCAGAUCUUCUCCUGCCGCCUGCAGGACACCAACAACUUCUUUGGCGCCGGGCAGAAUAAGCGGCCGCCCAAGCUGGGCCAGAUCGGCCGGAGCAAGCGGGUUGUUAUUGAAGAUGAUAGGAUUGAUGACGUGCUGAAAAAUAUGACAGACAAGGCACCUCCUGGUGUCUAACUCCCCCAAAGACAAUGAGUUAAGGGAGAGAAUAAGAAAUAAGAACGGCGGUAACAGUUACUGGCAAAAAGAGCGUGAAAAGAGAAAGCACUUUGAAAUUUAUUACUAGCUUGCUACCUGCGAUGAAAUCAACAACCUGUAUCUCGUGUCAGGCCGGGAGACAGAUGAGGCGGGAGAAGGAGGAGGAGGAGAAGGCUCUGGGCUCCUCUGCAAAAAUAAAAAUUAAAAAAAAAUUAAAAAAUAACAAAAUCACUAUAUACACACAUAUAAAGAAAUAAAAAAGAAGUCUCAGUUGCAGCUGUCAAAAUUAAUAUCCAUUUCUUUUUAUAUACAGUGAAUAUUGCGCAAUUAUAGAUCCGGAUUUUGAGCCACUUAAAUAAUGAAGUGGCAACACCGGGUGUUUUGAGGUGUUGGCAUCCUUCGCUGAUUUGGCUGUUCCCAAUGUUUACAUUAUUUGAUCUUGCAAAAAUUAUUCUGUGCACUUGGAUGUGAAAUGCUGUUCGGUUUUAUUUUUUUAUGUUGUUAUCCUUGGAUGUACAAAAAAAAAAUAUCAGAAAGUGAUCUGUAUAGGUACUCUGUUUUAUUUUGGUCAUCUUUCAAAGUUAUCAGGAAUGUGUUGAAAAUAAGAGAACUUUUCUAAGGAAUGAUACAUAGAAAGAAUCCUUGUUUUAUUUUAAAAUGACUUGUAAAGCUUGUGUUUCUUUGUUGCUGCAAGCUUAUUUGCCCAAGUUAAUGCAAAUGGACACGUUUUAUAUGUCAGGAGAGAAAAACCAUAAAAAAAAAAAAGAAAAAGAAAAAAAAAUGCUUGAGCUUUUUCUAACCUCUCUCUGCAGUCUGUUGUGUGAGCAGCCUGUUUUUUUCCUCCAAUAUUGUGUCAGUUUAUUUUCUUUAAUGGACUGUAAAAAAAUGUAAUCACAAGAGUGCCAAAUAUCUUGAAAUGCCAAAAGGCAUUUUGGUUUCCUUUCUUUUUCCUUGUGCUCUGAGUCCACGUAAAGGAAUGCUUAGAGUGUCUUUUCUGUUAUUUAUAGGGGUUCUCUUAAGGCACACCAGCUGCCUGUUUUGCAUGGUAUUUGCAAAAAUGCCUCUUGCGUGAGGAAAUCUUUUACCAUUUUUUUGUUCGCAACUUUGGACCUCAAGAGGUUUCUUCCCUUCCCUUCCUUGUUCCUCUUUUCUUAAUUCGAUAUUCUGUAUGUUGCACCUUUAACCAGUACACAGGGCUAUUUCUCCGAUGUACAAUAAAAGAACUGUUCCUGUGUCUCA